ACUUCCAUGGGCGAGUGGGAGCGGGACAGGGUCUCUCAAUUGGGAAAGCUGUCAGACAAGUUUUCCCCACCCUCCGAGCUUGCCAAGUACACACUCGAACAUAACACAAAAUGAUUAUCCGAUUCAGAACAAUGGAUUCGAUUGUAGUCUGUAUCACUUUGAUAACCCUCUUAUUGGGAUUCGUCUCAGCUUUACACGUUCAAGUCGCCGAGGACGCGGUGGAAGACAGUGAACUGAAGAAGAUUGGAGAUUACUUCCAAGCCAAGGAACAUUCGAGUCUUAUUCUCACAUGUGAAAUCCGACGUGAGGUGAUCCUUUCUGGAGUCAAUUCGGACUCACUCAAAAUCGACAAUGAAAUCUAUUGGAGCUACUCUGAACACGUCAAACCUUACGCCGAGAAGCUUCCGGAAUGGACGGAACUCCAAGAAUUUAGUCCCCAAGGGAAAAUUUGUCGGGUUCUCCAGGAUUACGUGGAUAUUGCAAUAUCGGAGGAGAAAAAGUAUGAGAUAUUCUGCACUCAAGAACUGCACCUGAACAAAUUGGAACCAAAUCAUGAAGGAAAUUACAAAUGCAACGCCACUUUACAAGUGACGGCAGAAUCCCAAGUAUUGAUCACCCAAGAUAUCCAAGAACAAAUCCAACUUUUCGUGGCGGCCAAUGAUCUCAUCAGUUUCGUUGUGACGUGUAUCAUCAUCACCGUGGUCAUCUUGGUCAUCAUCAGUGGCGUCUGCUGCAGGGUAGCUGGUCAUCGCUUCGCUUGGGAGCACAGCACUCAUCGAGUGCACGAACAAGCUAUGGAUCAUCUUCAAUCCAUGCACAGGGUCAACUCCACCGAUGAGAACGGGUUGUGGUAUGCCCGGAAUCGAUACAUGAGUAAUGCCAGUAACAUGUCCGGAAUUGUCUUCCAAACCGACACUGAAGGCAUGGCGAAGCUGAUGGAGCGGUUGGAUAAUGUGGAAGAUGGAACGAGUGAAUCUAGUUCUAAACAAGGAGAAGAUAAGAUCACUGAGGUCACGGAUGCGGGGGUUAGUAUCACGUUGACUGGAGUGGAUGAAGUCAAGCGGCCUAUCCGAUCCCGGAAAACUUCUGAAUGUGGCAGGGAUGAUUACCAUAAGAUGGACAACGAUAAACCUCGACCUCCGCCUUUGAAAUUGGAACCCCGAAGCUUUGCAGAGUCAAAGCCUUCCCAUCUUCGAGUCUCAGCCUUGCCAACUCCGACAACGCCAGGAAGACUACGAAAGGCGUUCUCAUUCUUCAACAAAGCUUUACCCACAACAGCGCCACCUAUAAACAACAACAAAACUAUUUUCCCCUUGCCUAAGCGGUCUGCUACAAAUACUAAUCUGAAAAGGAGAAGAUCUAUGUUAGGCAUCUUCCCUAGCGGAAUAGGCAUUGGAAGUGGUGCUAUCUAUGGAGAUGAUGAAGUUAUUGAAGACUUGAUGGCUAUAGAGAAUGCCCGCAAAGGGAGACGUAAUGUGAAGCAAAUUGUUAAAUCCACAUUCAACAUCAAAUCUAACAAAACAGGACAUUUCGGAGACAACGUGGCUUCCAUGCGGCAAAAGCAAUUGCAGCAACCGCCUCUUGGCUGUAUCAGUGGGACCUCUCCACCCAAUGCUCAUGGUUUUGACCAUGGUCGCUUCCAAUCAGCUCGUCCCAAUUCUCCCAUGAGAUGUGGCAGUGUCAGACGAUCUUCUAUCACGGAGGCUGUGAUUAAGGAGGAGGAACCUGUCGACACAAAGGAAACCAAUCCCUGAGAGGAAUCAUUGGCUCCAUGCCAUAAUCUGUGAAUAUGCACUAAUUGAAUGAAACUGUUAAUGCGAGAGAAAAAAAUGGGAAUACAUCAAUAAUCCUG